GGAACAAUCAUGUCCAAGAUACUUUGCUUAGUUGUUACUUCGUCAGUUGUUUUAUUUUCUUGGUUUAUUACAUCUGCAAUAUCUUCUGAAGAAUCAGCAAACGACGGACCAAAAUGCAAAACUCUCUUCACCUUUGGAUACGGCUACCGUCAGUUUUUCCACUUGCCCGGUGACAGUCUACAUCAGAGCAACGGAGACAUGAUUUAUAUGAGAUUCCAGGUGAAGGCCCGUAGUGACGCUCACAUCCUGCUCUCACCUAACCCGUCCCCUGAGGAGGCCGACCCUGUCUAUGAGAUAGUACUCGGGGCUGGAAAGAACUCCUUCUCCGACAUCCGCAGGAAGCGUCGAGCCUCCACCAAGUCCUCAGCUUACACCAAGGAUAUCCUGUCUGGCACAGAGAUGAAGGGUUUCUGGGUGAGAAUCACCUCAUCGGGGAUGAUUCUCGUGGGAAACGAGGGUGAUGACCUCCCUUUCAUGCAGUGGCAAGAUCCUGACCCUUUGCUGAUAGAAUACUUUAGCUUCUGCACAUGGAGUGGGGUCGCUGGCAAGUGGUUGUACGACUGUGGUGUUCAAGAUCAACGAAAUGGAUCAAUUGAAGUUCAACCAAUUUUGACAGCAACGGACAGGUUGAGACAAGCUUUGUUAACUGGAUAUGAUGUGUUCUCUAGACCUGUCAGUGAUUCAUCUGAAAUAUUAGAGAUUGGAGUCCAGUUGCAAGUAAACCACAUCACCUUGGAUCCCAAAAGCUCUAUAAUGUCAGUUGGAUGUAUCCUAACAUUGGAGUGGUAUGACCAGAAAAUGGUUUGGAAUCCAGGUAACUUUAGUGAUUUGACUCUGUUGAACUUCAUCAAACAUGAAAUUUGGCGACCUGCGUUGGUUCACUUCAAUGCUGCAGGAAAGAACAUUGCUCCAUGGACUGCAAGCAUUGCAGGAAUGCGGGUUACUUCUGAUGGCAAGGUGAGGUGGAGUCCUCCAGCUACUCUACAGUCUAGAUGUCAGAUGAACCUACGUCAAUGGCCAUGGGACACUCACACUUGUAGCGUACAUCUCGGCAUCUGGCAGCAGCCAAACUCUUCACAACUCCUUCUCCUCGAGAAUGGAACCAAGUUAGAGCUGCAGCACUCAUGGUCAGAGUGGGAGAUAGACAAGUUAACGUCAGAAUCAGUCGUUGUCACUCUACCAAAGUCCCUGGACUCAACAGUUUACACCUCCGAUGACUCUGAUGAUGAUUAUUCUGAGACUCCUAAAGCUCUAAAGUUCACACUGACGCUCAGGAGACUCAACGUUGGAUAUGUCUACAUCCUUGUGAUUCCCUUAAUAGUUAUGGUCGUCAUGUCACUGGCCUGUUUCUGGAUGGAGCCUCUUGGUAAAGAGAAGCUUGCUACGAACUGCCUUCUACUAGUCUUGCUCUGUGGCUUCCUGGUAGCUUUGGACUCUGUGUUACCAGCCCCUGUUGACCACAUACCUUUUCUCUUUGGAGUGUAUAGCUGGGUGGUAGUGGUAGUGGCGUGUGCUACGGUAGUAUCUGUGCUUAUAACGAGUCUUGUCAACACGACACAUCUACGACCUCCUCCACGAGUAAUUACGUCCACCCUCUCCUCUCCCUUCAUCUCUUGUAUCUUCUGUCUAUCACCUCCAGCAGUAAAGAGACAAGACUAUGGCCAACUUAGUGAGACUGGAGAGAGAUCGAGCGAUGGUCUACUACUACUAUCUGAGGGAGACAACGAUGUUGACCAGUGUUGGGCUUUGGUGGCAUCUUUUUGUGAUAGACUCGCCUUUCUUGCAGCACUAGUUGCUUACACAGCAAUUUUUGUGUCUUAAGUAAACAUAUUAGAAAAUGUAAUCAAUUUUAUACUUUGAUCAUAUUAAAUGUUUUAUUUAAUCAAAAUAAAUACGCAUAUUA